CACCUGCCUACUUUACUUGGCUGCACUCUGCGUUCCUUUCAUCUGGUAGAAUCUCACAGCCUUGUUUGUCCUGGGUUGCCGGUCCUUUAACGAGCUGCGUGAGGUAACACAAACGUGGAUUCCAUGUCUUUUCUUGUAAGUAAACCCGAACGGAUUAGGCGGUGGGUGUCUGAAAAAUUCAUUGUUGAAGGCUUAAGGGAGUUUGAACUGUUUGGAGAGCAGCCUCCGGGUGACUCUCGGAGAAAAACAAAUGAGGCGAGCUCCGAGUCGAUAGCUUCUUCCCCUAAAAGGGACGCCAUGAGCAACUUCCUACCAGACAGCAGCUGUUAUGAGUUGCUCACUAUUAUAGGCAGAGGCUUUGAAGACUUGAUGGUUGUGAACCUGGCCAGGUAUAAACCCACAGGAGAGUACGUCACAGUCAGAAGAGUGAACUUGGAGGCCUGUACAAACGAAAUGGUCACGUUCUUGCAGGGGGAACUUCAUGUUUCCAAGCUCUUCAACCAUCCUAACAUUGUGCCAUACAAAGCAACUUUCAUAGCUGACAAUGAGCUAUGGGUAGUGACAUCUUUCAUGGCGUACGGUUCUGCAAAAGAUUUAAUCUGUACCCAUUUUAUGGAUGGGAUGAGUGAACUGGCUAUUGCAUAUAUCCUCCAAGGCGUAUUGAAAGCACUUGACUACAUCCACCAUAUGGGCUACGUACAUAGGAGUGUUAAAGCCAGCCAUAUCCUGAUCUCUGUGGACGGAAAGGUGUACCUCUCUGGCCUGCGAAGUAAUCUAAGUAUGAUCAACCAUGGGCAGCGACUCAAAGUUGUUCAUGACUUUCCCAAAUACAGCAUCAAAGUCCUGCCUUGGCUCAGUCCUGAAGUCUUGCAGCAGAAUCUCCAGGGUUACGAUGCGAAAUCUGACAUUUACAGCGUAGGGAUAACAGCCUGUGAGCUGGCAAAUGGACACGUACCAUUUAAAGACAUGCCUUCUACUCAGAUGCUCUUGGAAAAGCUGAAUGGAACUGUUCCCUGCCUGCUAGACACCACCACAAUUCCUGCUGAUGAGCUGACUAUGAAGACCUCCCGUUCAAGUGCUAACUACGGGAUGGGCGAGAGCAUGGCUAUUAGCAACGUGAGAGCAGCCAAUGGAGAGCCAACCCUGCACCCUUAUCUUCGGACCUUCUCCACUUAUUUCCAUAACUUUGUAGAGCAGUGCCUCCAGCGGAACCCUGAUUUCAGGCCAAGCGCAGGCACUCUGCUUAAUCAUCCCUUUUUCAAGCAGAUCAAGCGUCGCGCUUCUGAAGCACUCCCUGAACUCCUGCGCCCUGUCACCCCAAUCACCAAUUUUGAAGGAACGCGGCCCCAGGAUCCCAGUGGCAUUUUUGGGCUGGUAUCAAACCUGGAGCAGCUGGAUGUGGAUGACUGGGAAUUCUAGAAAAACAGGGACUAGACCUGGUUCUGGAGGAGCUUUCUGCACAUUGUAAUUUAUUGGUCCUAUUUGUAAAAAGUGAUGAAUGUUAUGCAUAGAAGAGUCUGCAGGUCCUUGGGAAGGAACUUCAGCUGCCUGUUUACUGAAGAAGUAGCCUGGAAACAAAUGGACAGACCUGAGCUGGAAAAGGAUCAACCCCAAGGAACUGUGGCGUAUUCCAGAUGGUGCAGUGCCCAGAGCCCCAGUUCUUGCAGCUGAGCACUGGCAGAUCACUUGAAUGGGUUGAGUGAGUCUGUUUAGUCUCUAUUUAUGUUUUUCUAAAAAUCACUGGCUUCCUUGUAUCACAGUUGAAGGCUGCAUGUCCCUACCCUCUUUGGUUCUUUCUCUUUUAAGGGUGCCUUAGAGUUAAGGGGAGGCAGGCAGCUUAGUUUUGGGCAUUCUCUUAGAGCUAGUCAGAUUAGUUACUGUGUUGUCACAGGGUAACUUUUGAAGGUGGGGGG